CCUUCCAGUCGCCUCAGCGCUACUGGUCAGAGAUGGGAGCGCAAACAGCAGCAGCAGCAGCAGCAGCAUCACGUCCCGAGACACGAGACGAAUCUGGAAGGAAAUCACCAAUAAUACCUAACAGGUGCUCUGGAGAAGAAAUGCGAUAACGAACUCAGGCUGAAUUCUUCCUAACCCAGGACCGUUUGGACCCGAGCGUAAGCGCUGCUCUGUUUCCCACUUUAACGAAGAAAAAAAAUCAUUUUUCUUUUAUGGUACAAAGAGAAUCAGCACCUGGGAUUACAACCAUCACCACAGGACCCGCUUUGGUUAGGAAACCUGGAUUUAAACACAAAAGGCAGUAAAUGAACCGAACUGGAACAAACACUUUAUUUUCCAUCCUUUUUUUGUUUUUGCACACCCCCGUGUCACCCCGCGUAAACGUAGCCUAUUGUCAUUGUGUCGAGGCGGAUUUUUUAUGUAGUCAUUUUCCUGAACAAAGCACAAGAAAAACGUGUUUUGUUACAUUUUGCUUGUCGCACGUUGGCUAUUUCCCCUCCUGACUGAGCAGGCGGAUUCUCGGUAUCAGAAUGGGAUCGCUGCGACUGCGCAACCUUCCGCAAGUGUCAGCGACCAGGCUGUGUGUUUGUGUCCGGGAUUCCUAAAACCCUCACAUCAACAGACUUCCCCUGUUGUACUGGACGUGGCCAUUGUUGUCUGCGGUGACACACUGGCGUACUGGACUCAGAGGGUGUCAAACGGUGCGCGGUUGGCACCCCCCACCCCCCACUUGUGUCUGAACCAGGGUCUGGAAAUAAAUUAAGCACAAUAUGGUGGAGCCGGUGGGAUUCAUAGAGGCUUGGAAGGCACAGUUCCCAGAGUCAGAACCCCCCAAGAUGGAGCUGAGGUCUGUUGUGGGCAUUGAGCAGGAGCUGGAGAAGUGCAAAGCAUCGAUUCGACGCCUGGAGCAGGAGGUGAACAAGGAGCGCUUCCGCAUGAUCUACCUGCAGACCCUUCUGGCCAAAGAAAGGAAAAGCUACGACAAACAGCGAUGGGGCUUCAGGAAGACCCCUCUGAAUGAAGGGGUGGACCCUGCAGCCGUGCAGGGGGCCGAGUCCCAGUCCCAGCAGCCCCACAUGCAGGAGACCGGUGGAGUUGGCAUAGCUGGUGGAUAUGUUGGUGUUAGCGGCGUUGUCGGGGAUAGAAGUCGUUAUCAGCCGCUUGGUGAUGGCAGGUCUAAACCCAGACCCCCCCCAGCCAGAAAAUCCGCUUCCCAUGGAGAUGGCUUGGAGUCAGCCUUUGAAACACCUCAGCAAGCUGAGUCAACAUCCUGCGACAACCUGGAUGGCCUUUCUCCAUCUAAGCAGAGAGUCGGCAUGUCCGUAUCGCCACGCAGGCCUGCCCUUCCACCCCCAGACAAGGAACUGCCUUCUGACCCCAAGGACAAGCUGGGGAUGGGACUUGGUGUGGCAGCAUUAAGGUCCAACUUUGAGAGGAUCAAAAGGGCCAACUCUCACUCUGCAGGUGAUGUAGCUAAGGGGCAGGAGAAGCAGCUGCCGCCACCUCCACCUCCAUUUUACACCAACAUGGAGUUCCAUCAUGAGAGGGGUUUAGUCAGAGUGAAUGAUCGAGAGGUCUCUGAUAAGAUCAGCUCCCUGGGCACACAGGCCAUGCAGAUAGAGCGAAAGAGGUCUCUCCACUCUCUCCCAGGGAAUCUGGCAACGGUGGCAGGUGACCUCCGUGCCAGGCCUGUGUAUAGAGGACGGUCUACCGAGAGCACCUGUGGCUACGAUGCAGAAUAUGAAGAUGGCGAGCCCAACCAGAGGCAUUCAGGGAGGGCCAAUGGAGGCAAACCCCCACCUCCUCCUUGGCAACCCUCUGAGUUCCAGGCUUAUUCCAGUGUCUACGUUGGUGGGGUGAUGAUGGGUGAAGGUGGCAGUGGAGACAGUAGAGGAGGUGGCAGUGGGAUCACAACGAGAGACCAUGGAGGAGGUGACGAUCACCUCCUGACAUGGCCCCGUCGCUCCUACUCCCCGGGUAGCUUUGAAGACGCAGGUGGAGGUGGUGGCUAUACGCCUGACUGCAGCUCCAAUGAAAAUCUGACGUCCAGCGAGGAGGAUUUCUCCUCAGGCCAAUCCAGCCAUGUCUCACCAAGCCCAACCACAGCCUUUCGUCGAGGAGCUUUCAGAGAUAAGAGCCGCUCGCCGUCCCAGAACUCCCAGAACUCUCAGCACUCCUAUGACAGCAGCAGCCCGCCAACACCUCAGUCCCAGAAGCGUCACCACAGGCAGCAGGGAGGCCAUGUGGUCAUGUCCGAGGCCACUAUUGUGAGUGUACGCAAGACCGGACAAAUCUGGCCUCCUGCUGCUCAUCAUGACCGCAUGCCCCAUGGUAGAACAUCCCAUGACAACAGUUUCCAUGGAGACCACAUGGAUGGUCAUUUCACCGGGACGCCUCCAUCAUAUGGUUUCGAUGCUGACCGGGCAGAGGAGCAGCGACGGCACCACGACAUCCUCCCGUACAUCGACGACUCGCCAUCGUCCUCUCCUCACCUCAGCUCCAAGAGCCGAAGCAGCCGGGACACGCUCUCCUCUGGAUCUCUCGAGUCCUCCAAGUCGACUGAAUGCGACUUGGAAAAAGGUUUGGAGACCAGGAAGUGGGUCUUGUCCGGGAUCUUGUCCACAGAAGAAUCAUAUCUCAGCCACUUAGAGGCUCUGCUGCUGCCCAUGAAGCCUUUGAAGGCAGCUGCUACAACGUCGCAGCCUGUGCUCACUGUGGCCCAGAUAGAAACCAUCUUCUUCAAAGUGCCUGAGCUCUACGAGAUCCACAAGGAGUUCUACGACGGCCUUCUGCCCCGCGUCCAGCAGUGGAGCCACCACCAGAGAGUCGGGGAUCUUUUCCAGAAACUGGCCAGCCAGCUAGGAGUUUACCGGGCGUUCCUGGACAACUACGAGCUGGCUGUAGAGACGGCAGAGAAGUGCUGCCAGGCCAACACGCAGUUUGCUGAGAUCUCAGAGAACCUGAAGGUGAGGAGUCCAAAGGACUGCAAGGAGACAGCCAAGAAUUCUCUAGAGGCCUUGCUAUAUAAACCUGUGGACAGGGUGACUCGCAGCACAUUGGUGUUACACGAUUUGCUCAAACACACACCUACCAGCCACCCAGACCACCCACUCCUGCAGGACGCCCUGCGGAUCUCCCAAAACUUUUUGUCCAGCAUCAACGAGGAGAUGUCAAGGCGCCAGUCCACGACUGUCAAAAAAGGAGAGAACCGCCAGCUGCUGAAGGACAGUUUCAUGGUGGAGCUGGUGGAGGGAGCCAGGAAGCUGCGACACGUCUUCCUCUUUACCGACCUGCUGCUCUGCGCCAAGCUGAAGAAACAGAUAGGAGGUAAAAACCAGCAGUACGACUGUAAGUGGUACAUCCCCCUGACUGAGCUGACCUUCCAGGGGCCCGAGGAGACAGAGCCUCUUACUAUCCCCCAAGUCCCCGACGAGGAGCUAGAUGCCAUUAAGGUUAAGAUCUCCCACCUUCGCAGUGAGAUUCAGAGAGAGAAGAAAGCCAAUAAGGGUUCAAAAGCGAUUGAUCGCCUCCGUAAGAAGCUGUAUGAGCAGGAGUCUCUGCUGCUGCUGACGUGUCCGAGCAUGCCCCUCAGACUCUUCAACAGGAACAGCAAGAGCUACAGCUUCCUGAUUUCGUCUGACUAUGAACGCUCAGACUGGAGGGAAAUAAUCAAGGAGCAGCAGAAAAAAUGUGUUAAAACGCCCUCCCUGACCUCCAUGGAGCUGCAGAUGUUGACCAGUUCUUGUCUCAAACUCCAAACCGUACAUCACAUUCCACUUAGUUUCAAUAAUGAAGAGGAUGAAUCCUCUGGUCUCUACGGGUUCCUGAAUGUAAUCGUCCACUCUGCCUCCGGCCUCAAACAGAGCUUAAAUCUCUAUUGCACAUUGGAGGUGGACUCUUUUGGUCUCUUUUCAAAUAAAGCCAAGACAAGGGUGUAUCGAUACACCACCGAACCCAAAUGGAACGAGGAGUUUGAGAUCGAGCUGGAGGGCUCUCAGACCCUGAGGUUGCUCUGCUACGAGAAGAGUUACAACAGAACCAAGCAGAACAAAGACGACGGAGAGAACACAGACCGCAUCAUGGGGAAAGGACAGAUCCCGCUCGACCUUCAGGCUCUUCAAGGCAAAGACUGGCAGAGGACGGUUAUUCCCAUGAACGGGAUUGAAGUGAAACUAUCCAUAAAGUUCACCACCAGAGAGUUCAGUCUGAAGAGAAUGCCUUCGGAGAAACCCUUGGGUGUGUUUGGAAUCAAGAUCUCCACGGUGACCAAACGAGAACGCUCUAAGGUGCCAUACAUCGUCCGUCAGUGCCUAGAGGAGAUAGAGAGGAGAGGCAUGGAGGAGGUGGGAAUAUACCGUGUGUCGGGAGUCGCUACUGAUAUUCAGGCCCUGAAGACGGCAUUUGACACCAAUAACAAAGAUGUGUCCGUGAUGAUGAGUGAGAUGGACGUCAAUGCCAUCGCCGGCACCCUGAAGCUGUAUUUCAGAGAACUGCCUGAGCCUCUGUUCACCGAUGAGCUCUACCCUAAUUUUGCUGGUGGCAUCACCCUCACUGACAGUGUUGCCAAAGAGAGCUGCAUGUUGAACUUGCUGCUGUCGCUGCCAGAACCCAAUCUGGUCACAUUCCUUUUCCUUCUGGAUCACCUGAAACGGGUGGCAGAGAAGGAAAGUGUCAACAAGAUGUCUCUCCACAAUCUAGCAACUGUGUUUGGUCCCACUUUGCUGAGACCAGCAGAGAAGGACAGCAAGAUCCCCUCCAACCCCACACAACCCAUCAGCAUGGGGGACAGCUGGUCCCUGGAGGUUAUGGCACAAGUCCAGGUGUUGCUGUAUUUCCUGCAGCUGGAGACGAUCCCCACCCCAGACAGUAAACGACAGAGCAUCCUCUUCUCCACUGAAGUGUAAAGAUUACACAGAGACCCGGGUGUGAAGCGGACAUGGACGCUUGGCUCAAAGUGAGCCUAUUGUAGUUUGUUUUUGAAUUGACUUGGAAGGAUUGUCUGUGGUGACUCUCGAGCACAAGAGGGCGCCACUUGCAGCUGAAGCUCAGAGGACUGGAAGUCACUGCUAUUCAUAUCAUGUCACCUUAAUCUGGUAGUUAAUACGUUUCCUUAC